AUGUCAGAGGCAGAAAGUAUGAUUGAGCCUAAUGUCCUUGAUGAAUCUUUCAUUACAUCAGGACUCUCUAGCCUCAGCAUCGGAACAUCUGAGGGCCCACCAAAAUCAUCACUGCAGACGCGGAAGGCAAGGCUGGUUCUGCUACAGCCUCUAGCCAAUGCUAAGAUGCUGCAAGCCUGCCGUAAUCCGCAAUCGCGCAGGAUUCUCAAAAAUAAUUGCCUUUUUACUUCCAGUAAUGAGCUCCUUGAUAUCCAACCACUUAGUAGGGCGUGGAGGCAGGCAAUAAUGAAUGUCCCGCCCUUUUCACAUUUGAUAUUCGACAUUACUCUACCUAAGGAGACUGAAAAUUGCAAGGACACAUUUCAGAAAGUACACUGGGACACUUUUCUUCCAGAAGAGAAUAGUCUCGGUGUCCCUUUGAGGGACGUUACGACUUUGGUCAGGACUAUCGCCACCGAGAUGAAAAUGCGAGCAAAGGGUGAUGUGUGGUUUGACGUUGUCUAUGAUGAGAUUGAAGGUUCAAAAGGAAUAGCGCCGAGGGCAAUGGCGAUUCUAAAGAAGCAGCUUAUUGCACUGAGUGGGCAGGUCCCAGAGGUGAAAGAUGCAGGAAAGGGCGAGUUCGAUGGAACAGCGGGUGACGGUGACACAACCCAGGCACCUGAGCAGUUUAGUUCUUGUCCGAAGAGCGUUCAGCCCAACAAAUUGGUGUUUUUCGACAAAUCUGGCGAGCGUCAUGAGAUUUAUCUGCCCAAGGGUACUAUUCAGAAAGCUCUCGACCUUUUACAAGACGAAAACUGGGAUGAGCUUCUCAAAUUCCCUCCUUAUAGUGAGUCAAAUCUCUAA